UUGGUGCGAGGGUUUACGUGGCACUGUGCUGCCGCGCAGCCGCAGUUUGACCUCUGCCCCGGCAGGAAGAUGGUGUCUGUCAGGUUCAGGAUGCAGCCGCGCUGGUUUUCAGUUUUGCUCCUGAACGUUUUGUACACCUGCGUUUCUUCGUUGUACUUCCAUAUCGGAGAGACGGAGAAGAAAUGCUUUAUAGAGGAAAUCCCGGACGAGACGAUGAUUAUUGGGAACUACCGGACCCAGCUGUACGAUAAGCAGAAAGAGGAGUACCUGCCGGCCACUCAGGGUCUGGGCAUGUUUGUGGAAGUGAAGGACCCCGACGAUAAGGUGAUCCUGUCCCGGCAGUACGGCUCUGAGGGCCGCUUCACCUUCACCUCUCACACGCCGGGCGAGCACCAGAUCUGCCUCCACUCCAACUCCUCCAAGUUCUCCCUGUUCGCCGGCGGCAUGCUGAGGGUUCACCUGGACAUCCAGGUGGGAGAACACGCCAACAACUACGCGGAGAUCGCCGCCAAAGACAAACUGACGGAGCUGCAGCUGAGAGUCCGGCAGCUGGCGGAGCAGGUGGACCAGAUCCAGAAGGAGCAGAACUACCAGAGGGUCAGUCAGGGGCCAGAGGUCAACACAGGGGGCUGCCUCAGGCUAUAA